CUGACUUGUUUUGAGUUGAUGGUAUUUAAUUGUGUCAUAAUUUUCUACGUUUUUAACGGCCACCUAAAACGGUGUUUGGUUAAAAAAGUAGCUUUCGAUUAUAUCUUGAAAUCGUCUGGUACUGUGACUCCUUAAAUUCCAAAUAUUCACGUUAUACCUGGUAAUGUUCCGUUGAAGAAAUUAUCCUUGGGAUAUAUUUUACUGAAAGUUGAACUUCGUCGUAUAAAAAUGGAAUCUCCGAAACAAUCUGAAUCCGACACUUUAGAAUAUUGGAAAAAACAAGCAAAGUAUUAUGAGCAAAAAGUGAACGACAUUCAACAAGAAUUAGAUGAAUACACAGAAAACUCUGCACAACUUGAAAAAGAAUUGGAAGCAUCAUUAGUACAAGUUGAAAAACAAAAUAGGGAUUUAGAUCAUCAAAAUCAAAGACUUAAAAAUGAAAUUGAAAUGCUAAGGAAUAAAUUAGAAAGAAGUCAGCAUGAAACAAAUGCUCUCGAAAAUGAACUACAAACAUUGAAAAUUGAGAAAGAAAACCAAGGUGUUUAUAUUAGAGAAUUAGAGCAAAAGAAUGAUGAUUUGGAAAGAGGACAAAGAGUUAUUUCAGAAUCAGUAUCAUGUAUAGAGACAUUGCUAAACCAAGCAUAUGAAAGGAAUGCUGUUUUAGAGAGUGAAGUAGAUGAAAUUGAAAAUUUGAGGGUCAAGUUACAGAGAGCUACAGAUGAAGCUAGAGAUCUGAAACAGGAACUAAAAGUGAUGGAAAUUGUUCCACCCCAUAAGAAAGAAGACAUAACUAGUGAUGUCCCACACAAUGGAAUUGUUAACAACCCUGCCAGGACUCAUGUUGAAAUUGAAACACAAACAUCUAUUUCUUCACCACAGAAACGUGAAAUAAAUGGCAAUGCAAUGACACCAUCUGCUCGAGUAUCUGCAAUAAAUAUAGUUGGCGAUCUUCUUCGCAAAGUGGGGGCUUUGGAAUCGAAAUUAGCAUCGUGUCGUGGUUCAGUUAGACCUAAAGAACAUUCACCCAAUCCGGGAUCCGAGGUGAAUAAGGACUACAGGUGUGUACUGAAGAACUAACACGCGGCAGUGUCACAUCAGGACGUUCUCACUUCACAGUGAUUGGCAGCUCUCGCUUGAAUAAUAAGGCUCAAUUUAUACCGUGCCGUGAAAUGGAAUGGA